CCCUAUUUCUAAAGUUCUCCUCUUUAGCGCGAUCAUCUGCACUUGCUCAAGCAUGGCGACGGCGAAGACUGUGAAGGACGUCUCUCCUCACGAAUUCGUGAAAGCCUAUGCGGCACAUCUUAAGAGAUCUGGAAAGGUUGAACUUCCUCCAUGGACUGAUAUAGUUAAAACUGCAAGAUUCAAAGAGCUUGCUCCUUAUGACCCUGAUUGGUAUUAUGUGAGAGCUGCCUCCAUGGCUAGGAAAAUCUAUUUGAGGGGAGGUCUCGGUGUGGGGGCUUUUAAGAGGAUUUAUGGUGGAAGCAAGAGGAAUGGAAGUCGCCCUCCACACUUCUGUGAGAGCAGUGGUGCUAUUGCCCGUCACAUUUUACAACAGUUGCAGGAAAUGAAUAUUGUUGAUGUCGAUCCCAAGGGUGGUAGAAGAAUCACAUCAAGCGGCCGACGGGAUCUUGACCAAGUUGCUGGCCGGAUUGUUGUUGCCCCUUGAUUGGUGAAUAGAGAUUUGUGCGGUUGCUGAUGAGAUACCACCAUGAAAAUUUUGGAGUAAGCUGUUGAAAGAUAUUCAGUUGAAGAUAAGUUUAGUCUUGUUUUCGUGGGUUUUGGAUGAUUUAAACUUUAUUUUCAUUUACUUGGUCAUGAUUUAUGGGUUUUCAGGAUGAAAUAUGUUUUUCAAUAUUGUCAACAGUAACCUUGAUAUGCUUAGCAUCAGACCUUUAUAGUAAUUUUUGUGAUAUCAUAUCUUAGAGUUUGUCCACUUGAAUCU